GGGGCUAUAAUCCAUGAUCAUUCCACCCAUGACGAUCGUCCUUUAAACGACUAUAGAAUUCUCGAAGGAAGGUCGUAUGCCAUGACACAUAUGCCCAAACCUUUGAAGGUGAUUAUUUUGAAUGGUGAUGCGGGGACUUAUGAAUUUAAUGUUGAUAUCAAGAGUAAUGCUAGAUUAGCCGGAAGUAAGAUUGUUGAUAAUUUUGUCGCUGAUAAUAUCCGGUUGAAACUGGACACCCACAAGGUUACUAUCAAUCACUUGUCAGUGUUGAAGCAAUUACAAGACAGAGUUGUGCCUCGUCAAUUAUCCACCCAAGAUCCUCGAUACGACAUUCACAAUCUUAUGACUAACCAGCCUAGAUCACGACAAUUGAAGUUAUCUAAGGAUAUGUUUAACCAUCCUCCAAGCAUUGAUUCACAAUUACAAGAAAUUGGUAGAAAGGGAUUAAGUCGACAAUUGACUGAUCAUGAACAGUCGUAUUAUAAUUCUUUGGUUGAGUGUAAACAAUAUACUGAUGCCAAUGAACCAAGAUAUUUCCGAAUGGCCGUUAUUAGAAUGGACGAUCCUAGAAACCGUGAUCAAGAAUGGGGGUGGCAUUAUGAUUGGAGAUUCUUCAAUGGGGCCCUUAAUUAUGAUCGUGAUGGAUGGACUGUUCAGGAAUUGGGUCAUAGAACCAAUAUCAUCUUGGAUAGAUUGUUGCGUAAUUGGAAUAGAUUUGCGCAACAGAAGGGAAUCAUCAGUUGGAUAAUGCAUGGGCCUUUAUUGUCGUGGUACUGGGAUGGGUUAAUGUUUCCAUUUGAUGUUGAUAUUGAUAUCCAAAUGCCUAUGGUUGAUUUAAUUCGAUUAGCUAGAGAGUUUAACAAUACCUUGAUUGUUGAAGACCCACAAGAAGGAUAUGGGAAAUACUUAAUUGAUGUUAAUCCAUAUAUGCAUAAUCGUGGUAUUUCCGAAGGAUCCAAUCAUAUUGACGCGAGAUUUAUUGAUGUUGACUCGGGGAUUUAUAUUGAUAUCACAGCAUUGAGUAAAUCCAAUGCCCAACCGCCUCCUGAUUAUGACGAAGACAAGUUGGUGGAUUUACAUCAUAAGAAGGGAGAUAAAUAUAACGAUCGUCGUAAGCAUUUUUACACUUUUGAAGAAUUAUCACCCUUGAGAUACUCUAUGUUGCAAGGAGUGCCUGUUUUCAUUCCCUCAGUGAUUACACCAAGAUUGAUGUUUGAGUAUCAAGAAGGGUUGAAUUGGUUUGAGUUCAAUGGGUGGUAUUUUGUCACCAAGUUGAAUUUAUGGGUUCAUGAAAAUACUGUGGCUGCAAUCUAUGACAGCCGAGAUAUUGCUGAUGAGAAUGGAGGAAUUGACAAACUGAAAUUGCUAGACAAGGUCAAGAACAUGUCGGAUAAGGAAGUAUAUCAAUUACUAGAAUCAAAUGAUGACUUAUUAGUGGAAUACUACUUGACCAAGAGCUUGACCGAUUUACAUGAACAAGAACUGAAGUUUUUAUUUGAUGAAACUGGCAGAGAUAUCUCGAGAAAGAUGUCCGAAUCUACAUUUCAACAAUAUAGUGAAUUGACAAAGCAGUUCAAGUUGAACAAGCCAUUAAGAAAAGCAUUAUACGAUUACGAGAGCAUAGAAAGAGUAAAGUAUCAUAAGGGGUAGGUCAUAGUUUAGAGUUUGAUAUAGAAGUGUAAUUACCGAAUGUGUAACUAAUUUAAUUUAAAUUAACUAC